AUGGAGAGCGAGAUGGCGAAGGAGUCGCCGGCCUCGGCGGCGGCGCGGGCCCGGCCACUGGAGGCGGUCGCGGAGGAAGGGCAGGAGGUGGCGGAGCAGAACCCGGUGGCGCCGGUGUGCUCCACCAAGACCAUGGAGCGCGUGGCUGCCGCGAAGAAGUUCAUCGAGGACCACUACCGCGCGCAGAUGAAGAACCUCCAGGAACGCAAGGAGAGGCGCUUGAUUUUGGAACAACAGCUAGCUUCUUCACAAGUUCCCAGGGAGGAGCAGAUAAACUUAAUAAAGGAUUUGGAGAGAAAGGAGACUGAAUACAUGAGACUUAAAAGACACAGAAUUUGUGUGGAUGACUUUGAGCUGCUCACUAUCAUUGGAAAAGGUGCUUAUGGACAGGUUCAACUAUGUCGGGAAAAAUCCACUGGUAACAUUUAUGCCAUGAAAAAACUGAAGAAGACUGAUAUGCUUGUGAGGGGUCAGGUGGAGCAUGUUAGAGCUGAAAGAAACUUGCUGGCGGAAGUUGGUAGCCACUGCAUUGUGAAACUCUAUUAUUCUUUCCAAGAUACUGAGUACCUCUAUCUUAUCAUGGAAGAUAUAAAGCCUGACAACCUACUUCUAGACAAGAAUGGUCAUAUGAAAUUGUCAGAUUUUGGAUUGUGCAAGCCAAUUGAUUGUUCGAAGUUAUCAACAUUGAAUGAAGAUGAACCAAUGACUGAUGAAAACCUUAGGGAGUCUAUGGACAUUGAUCGUUCUCUCUCUGAUACUGCAAAUGGUAGGAGGUGGAGAAGUCCAAAUGAACAGCUUCAGCAUUGGCAGAAGAACAGGAGAAAAUUGGCAUUUUCAACAGUUGGGACACCUGAUUAUAUUGCUCCAGAGGUUCUACUGAAGAAGGGAUACGGACUAGAGUGUGACUGGUGGUCUCUUGGUGCAAUCAUGUAUGAAAUGCUUGUUGGUUAUCCACCGUUUUAUUCAGAUGAUCCACUAGUUACAUGCCAAAAGAUUGUGCAUUGGAGAACCUACUUGAAUUUUCCAGAUAAUCCAAGGUUGUCUUUUGAAGCAAAGGAUCUCAUUUGUCGGUUAUUAUGUGAUGUUGAUCACAGAAUUGGCAGCGGAGGGGCUGAUCAAAUAAAAGCUCACCCUUGGUUUCGAGGAGUUGAAUGGGACAAGCUGUAUGAGAUGGAGGCAGCAUUUAAGCCCCAAGUAAAUGAUGAACUGGAUACACAGAAUUUCAUGAAGUUCCCGGAUUUAAACCCUGCUCCAGCAAGAGCAAGUUCUGGGGCUUCAAGGAAGAUGAUGCUUACUUCUAAAGAUCUUAGCUUUGUGGGGUAUACAUACAAGAAUUUUGAGGCUGUGAAAGAUCUUCGGAGAAGCUCCUCAUUUACAAGGCACUCUACUGGCUCCCCAUCUGAUACAACAGACAUGGACUCAUCAAUGGAGCCUAACGGAACAGACACCCACAUGCGCACUGGUUCUUCUGGCGACCCUAUGGCGCCAUGA